AUGGUCCAGACCAGAUCAGGAACUACACAGAUUGUACAAUUUGAUCCAGAACCAGAGCGCACACUGCAUAGACAGCGGAGAGAAGUUACUUGGGCUUGGGACUGUUCACUGCAGGGCACUUUUCUGCAGGAUCUGUUUGCAAACGAGAGUAACAUGGCGUUAGAAUUACCUGCGGCAGGUAGACCACUCAGGGAGUCAUUGGAAGCCCGUGCCACUGAUGUUCCCAAUUGCAUUGUGUAUCCUGAACAAGAAGAGGGUGAUUCGUUCGAGAUCAGGCACCAUAUGCUUGAAAUUCUACCUACUUUUCGGGGAUUGCCUAAUGAAGAUGCAAACAUACAUAUUGCAAAAUUUAUUGUGGGUUGCAAGAAUAUUUUGAUUAGGGGUUUUUCUGCUGAGGCUAUUAAGUUACGUCUUUUCCCUUUCACUUUGAAGGACAAGGCAGAAACUUGGUUAUUCACUCUACCAGCUAAUAGCAUUACUACUUGGCAGCAGUUACACACAAAAUUCCUGAACAAAUAUUAUCCAGCAUCCAAGACAUUGAAUUACAAGAGGGAGAUUUUGACAUUCACACAGAAGCCUAAUGAAGAGUUUCAUGAAGCGUGGGAGAGAUAUACAAAGAUGUACAUAAAGUGUCCACAUGUUAAAAUUGAUUCAGAUACACAAAUGAAUAUUUUCUUUGAUGGGCUUAAUCCUACAUCUAAGAGCCAUGUGAAUGCAUCAGCUGGAGGAUCAUUAUCAAAUAAAUCUGCAAGAGAGGCAUUUGAACUGUUUGAUAUGAUGGCUACAGAAUCUCAGCAAUGGGCAGCAGAACAUUCACAGAAAAGGGGCAUUUUUGAGUUAUCAGUAGGUUCUCCCAACAUGUCUGCACAAAUGGAAAAAAUGGAUAAGAAAAUUGAUGCAAAGUUUGAUAUGCUUCUACAACAUAUAGCAAGUUCUACACAGCAGCCACCUACAUCAACAGUUUGCACUAUAUGCAGUAUGGCUACACAUGACAUAAUGGGCUGCCCACAUAGAGACUCUUACCCAGAGCUUGUUGAACAACAUGUCAAUAUGAUGAACAGCUAUCAAAGGCCUAGGAAUGAUGCAUAUGCAACUCAUUACAAUCCUGGAUGGAGGGAUCACCCUAAUUUCAAAUGGGGUGACAAUCAGACUAAUGCCAAACCAUUCCAGCAUGCACAAAAACCUUUUGUUCCCUCCAAACCAUCUAUGGAAGAUCAACUUGCUAAACUGGCAGCAACAACUCAAUCAUUCAUCGAGGGCAACAAUCAAAGAUUUCAAAAUGUUGAAGCAUCUAUUAAAAGUUUGGAGCAACAAUUUGGACAACUAGCUACACAGAUUUCAGACAGAUAA